GUGCUUGCGGCGGCGGGACCCGGAUGCCGGGGCCGCCGGGUUCCGCCAUGCCGAUCGUGGAGCGGCUGAAGGAGGCGCUGAAGGCUGGGCGGCGGGAGGCGGGGGAGGACGCGGAGCUGGGCCGGUUGCUGGCCGCCUCGGCCAAGAAGGUUCUGCUGCAGAAGAUCGAGUUCGAGCCCGCCAGCCGCGGGUUCUCCGGGCAGCUGGAGCUGCUGCGGGGCAAGUACGUGCUGCUCAACCCCGGCGCCGAGGGCUCCAGCCGUCCCCGCGGCUCCCAGGAGGGGUUGCCCGGCAAGCAGGGCAGCGACCAUGGCCCUCGGGGCCCGGCGGACGGCAUCCCCGCCCCCCAGAAGGUGCUCUUCCCGGCCGAGCGCCUCUCCAUGAAGUGGGAGCGGAUCUACCGGGUGGGCGCCGGGCUGCACAACCUCGGCAACACCUGCUUCCUCAAUUCCACCGUCCAGUGCCUCACCUACACCCCGCCGCUCGCCAACUACCUGCUCUCCAAGGAGCACAGCCGGAGCUGUGGCCAAGGAGGCUUUUGCAUGAUGUGUGUUAUGCAGAACCACACGAUCCAGGCUUUUGCCAACAGCGGCAACGCAAUAAAGCCAGUGUCCUUCAUCAGAGACCUCAAGAAGAUUGCCCGGCACAUCCACUUCGGCAGGCAGGAGGAUGCUCACGAGUUCCUGCGUUACACCAUCGACGCCAUGCAGAGGGCCUGCCUGAACGGCUGCGCCAGGUUGGAUCGCCAGACCCAGGCCACAACACUGGUUCACCAGAUCUUUGGGGGUUACCUGCGGUCCCGUGUGAAGUGCUCGGUGUGCAAGACUGUCUCGGACACUUAUGACCCCUUCCUGGACCUGGCACUGGAGAUCAGGCACGCCGCAAACAUUGUGCGGGCGCUGGAGCUGUUUGUGAGGCCCGAGGUGCUGGGCGGGGAGAACGCCUACAUGUGUGCCAAAUGCAGAAAGAAAGUGACAGCCAGCAAACGCUUCACCAUCCACCGAGCCUCCAAUGUUCUCACACUCUCACUGAAGCGCUUUGCUGACUUUGGUGGAGGCAAAAUCACAAAGGACGUGGGGUACCCCGAGCUGUUGAACAUCCGCCCAUACAUGUCUCAGAACAACGGGGAUGCUGUUAUGUAUGGUCUCUAUGCAGUGCUGGUGCACUCAGGGUACAGCUGCCAUGCAGGGCACUACUACUGCUACGUGAAGGCCAGCAAUGGGCAGUGGUAUCAGAUGAAUGAUGACCUGGUCCGCUGCAGCAAUAUCAAAGUGGUCCUCAACCAGCAGGCCUACCUGCUGUUCUACCUGAGGAUCCCCAGCCCCAGGAAGAGCUCAGAGGGGCCCGUGGCCAAAGCUGCCUACAGCCUGCCUGGCUGCACCGGCAGCAGCUCCGAUCAGGUCAAGAAACCUGUGACCAGCAGGCCCCUGUCUUCACCUCUGAUGGGCCGGACACCAGACAUGCUGCCAGGGAAGAAGCUGCCAGGGCCAGAAGAGAUUGGGGUCCCUGUGGCCCGCAACAUGUUUGGGACUGGGCCAAAGCUGCUCAAUGGAACCGCUUCACCUAAGCUACCCUCUGGGUCCCCAUCACCCAAACUGCCCCUGAAAGCCACCCACGCAGCCACAGCACUGCCCAGUGACACAGCCCGCAGGCCCAAGAAGCCACUCACCUUCCCACAGCUGCCUCCCACCUCCCGAGCAGUUCAGGGCUUUAGUGACACCACCAACAGCAGUGGGGCCAAAGCAGAGCUGCCCCGGCAAAGCUCCUGGGAGAGCAAGCAGCCACCUACCUCAUCCAGCCUGGAGCCUGGGGACAGUGGGGAGAACGCCGAGACCCAAGAGAGAGGCUCCUGUGGCAGCUGUGCUGGCAGCCCAGCACACGACACAGCGGGGAAGCCAGCCAAAGCACCUCUAAAGGGCAGCACUCCUCAGGAAACAGACUGUGGUACCGACCCACCUGCUGGCUCCGGCACCAAGCCGGCUGCUCCCAAAGACACCCAGAAGCUGGUGAAGCUGAAAUCAUCCCCACUGGGCAGUGCCACUCUGGAGCUGAGCAGCACCAUGUCACCACCACCAGCCAAGAAAUUGGCACUCUCUGCCAAAAAGGGCAACAUCCCACGGAAGGCGAGCAGAAGUGACCACCAUGCACAACCUCACCCACAAUUUGCUGAGCACACCUCCCCCAUGAACACCACCCACCCUGUCUCUACUCCCUGGCCUUUUGGAAAGUCAAGGCUGUCCUCAUCUGCUCUCAAACUGCCAAAUUCUGGAAAACCUGCCUUUAGCUUCAUCUCCAACUCAGCCCCUCAGCUCCCAGCCUCUCCCCUGACCAAUGGUUCUGCUGCCCACCCUUCACACCACCAUCCUCCCUGCAGCAAGGAUGAAGGGCCCAGCCAGGUAACCCAUGGUUCUUCCAAAAAGAAGCGUCGAAGGCAUCAUCACAGAGCAAAUGGCAGCCCUCAUGCUCUGACUAUGAAAGAAAAGGAUGAAAUCUCCAGUCCCCCCAAGAAGAAAAAGAAGAAGAAUCUCACCCAGGAGGGCUCAGAGUCCCUUUUGUGGAAAGAGGCAGCAGGCAAGGGGCCCAACAGUGGCUGUCAGGAGCCAGGCUGUCAGGACCUGGAGAUCAUGCCCAAGCAGCAAGUGUCAGAACCCAGUAGUUGCCUGGACACAGCACCAAUCUCCCCCCUCAAGAAGAAGAAAAAAAAGAGGAGAAUGGAGGAGACAGAAGAACGCUGCUCUGGGAUGCUGUCCUUGUGCAGCUCUAGGAGGGCUGCAACAGAGCCCUGGAGCCCAAAGCAGCGUUGGAGCAAGGAGGCUGGGGCUGGGGACAGCGAGCACCGCAAGCACAAGCGGAGGGAAAGCCUCAGCAGCCCAGCCCAGGAGCAGCCGUCUGCAGACAGCAUCCACAGUACAGAUAGCACCUCAGUGGCAGCACGUGCAUGGGACAGAUGGGCUCAAGACAGGGACAGGCACAGCCCUGAGCAUGGCUGUGGGGCUGGCACAGCACCCAUGAACCAGGAGGAGCCCAAUGUGGUGAAGGAGCUGCUCAGGAACUCCUUGGACAAGGCUUAUGGCAAACAAGUGUUGACCUGGGAGGGUGAGAUCUCUGCUGUCAGCCAGGAUGCCAUACGAGAUGCAGCCUGGGCCUGCAGCGAGACCAUCAUCGAUGAGUGGGACAAGGAGUUUGACAGAGGGAAGGUAAAGAAGAUUAGGAAGCUGAAGCAGGAGCGGAGGAGACACUUCAAUCCCUUCCAGAAGCUGCAGAGCAAACGCAACUUCUGGUCGGUGACACAUCCUGCUAAGGUGGUCAGCCUUGGCCACCGGCUCUGAGGUUGACAUCUGCAUCCCCCCACCACCAAAUGGAGCAGCGGUGCCCGGGGAAGGACCGUCCAGGAGUGCUGUCCUGGGAGCUGCUGGGGGAUCCUGCUGCCGAGGGGAGGGGACACGGGACCCUGGGUGUCCUGUGGUGUCCCUGGGGAUUGGGGCUGAUUCCCUCUGCUCCCCAGCCCUGCAGGAGCCUGAACCCCUCCCCAGCCGCGUACAGACUCUGGCUUCACUGUGCCUCUGGCCGGGGCUGGAGCAGCCCCUUCACCCACCCAGUCUGGGGCUCGGGGGGACCCCCAAAAAGUGCCUGCAGUGCGUGUCCUCCCUCGGGGAGAGGGCGCCAGCCCGUGCCACAGAACCAGGAGUGCGGGGGGCUGGUGUUGCUGUCCCGGACACGGCCCGGGGCUGCUCCAGCUCUUCUGCCGCUCCCUUCCCCUCCCCCGGUGCCAGCCGCAGCGGGAACCGUUCGCUGCCCCUCCCUAAACCCCCCCACCCGGGCAGGGCCCCGCUCCCUCCCACGGCCCC